AUGCUUUCUGACAUUAAAGCGCCACCACGGAUCAAAGCCGUGAUGAAUGCGAACGUUGCUCCUGUCGAAGUGUACCGUGACAGCUACCGGGGCAGAUCUCGUCACGCCGCCGUCGCGUCGGUCGUCGGCUGUAAACGUCUUCGCAUUGCAGCGAGACAGAUACGAAUGUACAUUCACAGUCCAGUUAUAGGCGCCGCUACACAAUGCGUGUACAUCGUUGGACACCGUGCACAGGGUACCAGAGCGGCAAGACUUAAUGGCCGCGACUGCCCG